CUCAGUCUCAGCAGUGUUCAGUCGAGCAGCAGCGGAAGUGGAAAACUUGCAGUAGAAACACACAAACUGAACUCAGCACCUCCUGCGAUGCUCCUGGAUGCUCCUCCGUUUUUAAACCUUCUCUUCCCUCCUUUUCUUCUUCUUCCUCUUCUUCUUCUCCUCCUCUUCUUCCCUCUGCCGUCUCGGGGAAACGCGCGCUGUGGCUCUCCGAUGUGAGUUCGCCCGUGCGUAAUAGUCCGGCUCCGUGCGCGCCGUCAUGGCUUAUCCUCAGGGUUUCCUCUUCCAGCCGUCCGUGUCCCUGUCUCUGCACUCCUGCCCGUCCUUCAGCUCCGGGGUCAUCUUAGGACCGAGGACGGAGGAGCUCGGCCGCUCCUCUUCGGGCUCAGCCUUCGCUCCGUACUCGGGAUCAGCGACCUCUCCCGGCUUCAACUCCCACCUACCGUACGGCGGGGAGCCCCGGGCCGCCGCCACCCUCAGCUCGUUUGUGAGUCCCAGCUAUGAUCCGUCCUCAGGGAUCUCUGGCUCCUUAGACUACCACCCGUUUGGGCCCCUGGGGCCGUACCCAUACGGAGACCCCUCCUACAGGAAGAACGCCACGCGAGACGCCACGGCCACGCUGAAGGCCUGGCUCAAUGAGCACCGGAAAAACCCGUACCCCACCAAGGGGGAGAAGAUCAUGCUGGCCAUCAUCACCAAGAUGACCCUGACUCAGGUGUCCACCUGGUUCGCCAACGCCCGCCGGAGGCUGAAGAAGGAGAACAAGAUGACCUGGACCCCGAGGAACAGGAGCGAGGAUGAGGAGGAGGAGGACAACAUCGACCUGGAGAGGAAUGACGACGACGACGAGCCGAUGAAAGCCAACAGCGACGAGCCAGAGACGAAGAGCGACACUGCUUCUCGUCUUCCUGCCUCUGUGGGGACCUCGUGCGUGUUGGUGUACAGAGAGGACAGCGGCAGCAGCAGCGACACCGACCGGAGCUUCACUGAUCCCGACUUUAAAGACUCAGGGGACAGGAGGCUGCCCCUCAUUCCGCGCCCCACUUCCACAGGGGCCCCUCCCCACAACACACCACCGGGAACAGUCAGAGUGUCGGAGCCACAGCGAUCAUCGAGCCCACCGUCAAAGGAGCACGUUGACUCCUGCAACCCCAUCCAGGGGCCAAACCCAGCCCCUAAACCCAAACUGUGGUCGCUGGCUGAGAUCGCCACGUCUUCAGAUAAAAGUAAAGGAUGUAGUGACUCUUCACAAAGCGUAGGGGCUCCCACCCACCCCACAUCCACAUCCCGGACCCCAUUCUCACACAGCACUGCCCUGCCCCGACACCUCUACUACACCUCCCCCUUCAUUCCCGGAUACUCCAGCUACGGCCCUCUGGGGCCCCUGCAUGGUGGCCCUGCCUCACAUUUAAAUGGAUUACAGCAGACGAUGCUGCAGAGAGCAGAGGCCAUAGCCAGAGACUGCAAACUACGCAGUCAGAGCCAGCUGGACCUGCACGAACUCAAGAAGGGCAUGACGAACAUGUGACCUGAACCUUUAACACUUUAUUUACUGGGACCAGUAGACCUGGACCCUGGAAGCAGUAAACCUGGGACCAGUGACCCUGGGACGAGUGUUGGUGGAAUUCUCCCAUGAAAUGUCCUGGAUAUCAAAGAAAACUUUAUCGAACACAGACUGCCUCCUGCAGAGGCCUCUGACUUUUAUUUAGAAACACAAAUAUUCAAUUUUAGACGGUUUUUCUAUGUUGAUAAGAUGUAACCUUUGUAGUGCGUUUCUGCACAGAACAUGAAGUAUCAUUAAAAGCUAGUUUUAUUAAUACGGAUCUGACCACCUGCCAUUUGUCAAUGGAUGUUACACUCUUACUCACCUUAAAUUAACGACUCAGGAAAAAUAUGAUCAGAAGCUUUUAAUUAGAUCAACUGCAGCGUUUCAGGAGAAACUAGAUUUACCACCUUGCAGACGAAGUUACAGUUUACAUCCAUGUCUGUGAGAACACGGAUGCUUCACACACAUCUUCCUUCCAGUAGCGCAGAAGAUCUAUACAGUUAGCACAUUUUCAAGAUCAGUGUCACCAAUUCAGUAUCUGAUUGAAUAACGGCCUGAAAAGUGUUUUUGCAGAACAUUAUGAUGUCACAUUGAAGUUGACCUUUGACCUUUUGGAUAUAAAAUGUCAUUUCUUCAUCAUCUUGUCCAGUUAGACAUUUGUGUGAAAUUUUGUCAAAUGAAUUCUUGAGUUAUGGCCAAAAACACGUGGGGGUCACAGUGACCUUUGACCACCAAAUUUUAAUCAGCUCAUUGUUGAAUCCAGGUGGACGUUUGUGCCAAAUUUGAAGAAAUUUCCUCAAGGUAUUCUUGAGAUAUUGCUCUCACAAGACCGCGACAGACGUAAAAACACAAUGCCUCCAGCCACGGCGUAGAAAGAAGUUGAAGGAUAAACAUAUGCAAAAAUUCUACCUCCUUCUCUUCUUCAUAUAUCAUUCAGUAUGACUUCUCAUUAUCUCUGAUGUCCAUCCAGAAUAAAC